UUUUUUUUUUUGGUAACACGCAUUGAUUUUUAUUUCUACGUCACGCUGUUGCGUGUCAUCGCGCGAGUGAAAUUUUCCGAUCAAAAGAUUUGGAGAUUCGUCGAGAUCGAUUGGCGUUGAUCCGAUAAUUAUUUGGGAAUGGACGUUGUUUCAUCGUGGAAAAGAAGGAUGGAGAAGAGAAACUCGACAUUUUCGAGGACAACGGGAAGAGGCGAUCGUUCUUUCAAUUUUUGUGAUCAUCGGCUCAACGCAUCGCUCGACAAUGAAUACUUGGAAUUUGAAGAGGCGUCGUUUCUUUGUGAUGAAGUGAACAACGUUUUCGAAAAUAAUCGUCGAUCGAGUUGCUUUGACAAGAAUCUAUAUAUAAAUAUUUGUAUGGAAAUUGAAUGAACAGAUCGAGUGUUCGAAAUAUGCAUGAAAAAGGAUAAAAUUCUCGAUGGGAUUCUUCCGUAUCCGAAUCUUUAAUCGAAGAAGAUUAUACUAUAUGGAAGAUGAAAAAUAUUCGAAGAAUCGUUAUGUUGGAAAGACAUUAUAUUCACUCUUAACGAAAUCGCAUGGAAUUCAAAGGAGAUUCCAAAAUUUUGGGGAAAAAACAUGGACAAUAACCAUGGAAUUGGCGAAAAGAACAAAGAAAAGAAGCGUGUGAGGAUGCUGGAACGACAGGAUUCCACUUGCACCGGUUAAAAUGAAUCGCAGGGAAGACCCGCUGUUGCGGCAGCAUCGCAAUCGCUUGCUGCAAUUAGCGGAGGUGACAAACAUCAAGCCUGGCCGUGGCAGCGGGAAAAGACGAGGCCAGAGGCAGUCGUACGGUUUCGGACCCAGCAAUGGCGGUUCGAGUACCGGUAGCCGUAUCACUCUUCAGGAUAUCGUGAGAAGUGAUCCUGGAUACACGCCAAACAUCGAGCAUUUAGUUUUCCCGGAGCGCAAAAGCAGUAAUCCGAAUCUGGCCAAAACAGCCGAGGAAUCGCCGCCAAACAAAUCCAAAGUCAAUGCAACCACCUCGGGAAGAUCUAGACUCGCUGAAGUGUUCUCCAGGCAUUAUUCGAGAGGCUCGUCCCAAGACUCUUCUGUUACAUCCAGAAAGAAUCACUUAAACAGCACGUCACUGGACAGCGGAGGGACGGUGGUGGUGUCCCAUCAGGCAACAGGGUCGAGCGUAUCAACGGUGGUGACGAGAGGCGGCGGUCGUCGUUGGUUGUCGCAGAGUUCGCAAUCCUCGAGGCAACAUUCGGCCGAGGACGGGGUACGUGGGGGCAACGUGGGCGUCAUAGGGCCCGUUUCGACCUCGUCCUCGAGCCAGGCCCCUGCUCCCGCCCUGCCACCUUGUAGAGUCAGNCCAGCCGCGAAUUCUGCCGACAUCUCGAAUACGGCCACUGGCUCCCGCGGCGACAGAGGUCAAAACGUGUCGAUCCUGCAUCUGCGCAGCACCUCGGAUCCUUGGGAAGUCGGUUCUCAGGGUUCUUCGUACAGCGUCGGUAGCAAUAAAAGUCAAAGCGGAGGCAAAGGAAAAUCAAGUGGAAACGCCCGAGGCUCGUAUACACGCGGUACUUCAAUACCAUCCUUGAAACGGCACGAUACAACGGCAUCGGCAGCGGCAUCGACUUCCAGCCUAAAGCAACAUCGGCAGGACAGCCAUAGUCAGGCAAGUAAAGAGUCGAAAAAGAAGAUAUUCCUUUUAUUAUUGUAUCGCGCUCCUUUGAAAUCUCUCGUGCAACACUCUCGAUACGAUAUCUCUAGCUUCCAACUCUCGCUUCGAACAACGAAAAAUUUCGCGCUUUAA